AGUGCAGUUAUUGGCAUGUUUUUACACUUUUUCAUUGCACCAGAAUAGUUUUGUCUGUAUAUAAAAAAAAAAUUUGUUGAAAUUAAAUGUUUCACUAAAAUUAUUUUUCAACUUUCAGAUUUAUUGUUUUUAGCCAGUGAAGCUCAGUUAAAAUUGAUUCCAAUUUGUAAACAAAUGUACUGAGGAUUGUACAUCAUAAUUAGAUGUCACAGCCUAGCUGGUUGGGAAAGAUCUAGAUCAAAUAAAGCUGUUUUUAUUUUCGUGUUCAUUUCAUCAAGUUUUUGGAUCCAUAUGAGAUAUAAUAAAUUAUAGUGAAUGUAUAUUGAUAAUAAUGUAUUGAUACACACAAUAAUAGCACAUGGAUUGAUUUUGAUUUUCAAAUUAUUGUCACAGUUUAUCUAUGGAAAUUUCAAUGAAAGAAGAAGAGGAGUUAGACUUAGGGGAAAAGGAAGAAGAUGAGUUAGACUUAGGGAAAAAGGAACUGCCCUCAAAGAAAUCAGGCUCAAAACCUGGAAUAAUCUACUUCAGCUCUAUUCCUCCUUAUAUGAAACCAAACAAAGUUAGAAAUAUCAUGUCACAGUAUGGCGAGGUAGGCAAGAUAUUCUUGCAGCCUGAGGACACUGAAAUACGGAAAAGGAGAAAAGUGGGUGGUGGUUCAGGAAAGAAAAAGUUUACGGAGGGGUGGGUGGAAUUCAAAAAGAAAAGAAUUGCGAAAGCUGUUGUACAAUCUUUGAAUGGAAACAUAAUCGGUGGUAAGAAAGGGAGCUACUACCACGACGACAUAUGGUCAAUGAAGUACCUGCCCCGCUUUAAAUGGUCCAAUCUUACAGAAAAACUUGCGUACAAUUCAGCAGUCCGUAAAAAAAGAUUGCAGCAAGAAAUGACUCAAGUGAAAAAGGAAACAAACUUCUUUUUAGAGCAAGUGGAUAAGAACAAGCAAAUAACCGCAAUUAAACGUAAAAGGGAAGAGAAAGGGACAGCAGUUAAAUCAAGUGACAAUGUUGUUUCUUCUAGAGAACCAAAACAAAGAAGAAUCGCUCAGUCUAGUGUUAGAAGUGGUAACAUCCCUAAAAGUGUCCUUUCUAAUGUGUUUACUCAAUGAGCUGUUGAGGAGACGUCUUAUUUUACAAUUUAAACAUCAUACCACUUUAUGAGUUUUUGAUAUUUUCCUAAUUGAUUAAUUGAUUCUAGAGAUUUUUGAUCAUUUAAUAACAAUCACAUUUCCUGCAACAGCUCAGAAAAUGAAAAGGAUGAGCACGCACAAUAUAUAGUAUAUUAUGUUACAGGGGGGUGGGGGGGGGGGACGUUACGACAGUGAUCUCAUUUAAUCCUAAUAUCCAGACUCAAGAUUACUUUAUUCUAACAUUACAAUUUGUGGAAAAAUUAUUUACUGAAAUAUAUAGUAUAUAUUAUGUCACAGGGGGGGGGGGGGGGGGAUUAAUUACUGCCAGCACAGUGCUAUACUGCUCCUUCAUAAAUACUAGUUAUUUUAUGUCUAUUAUAUGUACAAGGUGGAUCAUUACCCUCGUCGUAUAUCAUGUUAUGCAGGAUAUAUAUAAUUUAGCUGGUCUCAGUAAUCAGCUUAGGAACUAUUUGAGCUUAAAUAGUUUGAAUAGUGUCAGUUUUAUUUGCUCUGAUUUUCUUGUACAAAUGUGCACUGUGAUACCCUGACUAACUACGGAAUACA